CGCACAUCCGGUCUUGGCGUGUGGAGCUAGGAGUUUAGACGUUGAUUUGAUGAAUUCGGAACGACCCCGAGACGCAAGUGACGCUAAUCCUGCGUUAUGGUAUACACAGUUCACUUGCACGUCCACAGUGUCUUUGGAUAAUGAAGAAAUGAAGAGAUCUGGGACAAAAUGCAAAGAAAGAUCUGGAGAGCGUAGAAAAUGGCUUCUAGGAAGCAGAUGGGGAGUCCCGGUGCUUCUCCUCCGUAUGUGUUCCUCAGGAGUGACGAGCCUCUGGGAUCUUCUGUACAUGCCAACAUGAAGCUGGGAGAUCGCAGCCCCAGUCCUGAGCUUGUGUCUAUGGCCAGUGAUCGCUCUAUGUCACAUCCCAUAGCCUUUAAGACGGACCCCUAUUCUCUCAGCACCAGUGUGUCUAGAAUGAAGUUGGAAAGUCAUGGCCCCAUCCCUGAGCCUGUGUCUGUGAAGAGUAAUCAGUCUAUGUCACAUCCGAUUGCGUUUAAUGAGGAACCCUUUUCUCUCAGCAUCAGAUGGGAGACAGGAAGCCCUGAACCUGGGCCCAGCUGUGUGUCCUUUAAAAGUGACCAGUCGAUGCCUCAUCAUAUAGCCUUCAACAUUGACCACCCUUCUGUAUACAGACAGGAGCUGGGUCCAGAGGCUCACUUUUCACAAAUGGACAAGAUUUUUAUGAAUUUGGAGAGGAACAUCGUCUCUUUUGUCCAAGCUGAACUACAGAGUUUUAGGAGAGUUCUAGAGUUUGAUUACUCAGAGUCCCUUGUGAUUGACGAGAGUGAAGAGCAGAGGACCAAAGAGACGUUCCUCCAGCUCACUUUGGACUUCCUGCGAAGGAUGAACCAGGGAAGGAUGGCAGAUCGUCUACAGAGCAGAUACAUUCAUAAAGUCCAGCGCAAACUCAAAUCCAACCUGCAGCAGAAGUUCCAGUGCAUUUUUGAGGGCGUUGCCAGAGCCGGAAACCCCACUCUUCUGAACCAGAUCUUCACCGAACUCUACAUCACAAAGGGAGGCACUGAAGGGGUCAAUGAGGAACACGAGGUCAGACAGAUCGAAACUACAUCGGGGAGACAAACCGAGUCAGAAACUACCAUCAAAUGUGAAGACAUCUUUGAAAUAUCCUCACAGGAACCGGGAAACAUGAGAAGCAGGCUGCCGAUCCGGACCGUGUUGACGAAGGGAGUAGCAGGUAUUGGGAAAACCGUACUGACCCAGAAGUUUUGCCUGGACUGGGCAGAAGGCAGGACCAACCAGAACAUCCAGCUGUUGUUCCCGUUCACCUUCAGAGAACUCAAUGUGCUUAAAGAUACGCAGUUUAGCUUAAUGGGACUGGUACAUCACUUUUUCAGCGGACUUGAAGAAAUCCGUAGCUUUGAACACCUCCAAGUUGUGUUUAUUUUCGAUGGUCUGGAUGAAUGCAGGCUUCCUCUCGAUUUCGCCCAAGCCAAAGCAUUAACUGACAUUGCUGAAUCUACUUCGCUGGGUGUUCUGUUGGUAAAUCUCAUCAAAGGGAAUCUACUUCCUUGUGCACAGAUUUGGAUAACCACACGUCCGGCUGCUGCCAAUCAAAUCCCUGCCCGCUACAUCGCCGUGGUGACAGAGGUCAGAGGGUUCACGGACCAACAAAAGGACCAGUAUUUUAGGAGAAGGUUUAAGGUUGAGACGGAAGCUGUAGCCAUCAUUGCACACAUCAAGGGGUCAAGAAGCCUCUAUAUUAUGUGCCACAUCCCAAUCUUCUGCUGGAUCGCCGCAACUGUCCUAGAACACAUCACCAAAUUGAAAUCCAGAGACCCACUGCCCCAAACCCUCACCGAGAUGUACAUUUACUUCCUGGUGGUGCAGAUCAAAGCGAAGAGCCUCAAGUACGACGGAAGAUCUGAGGUAGAGCCGCAGUGGAGUCCGAGGAACGUGGAGAUGGUGGAGUCGUUGGCCAAACUGGCUUUCGAGCAGCUGCUGAGUGGAAACCUGAUCUUCUACGAGUCAGAUUUGGUCGAAUGUGGUCUAGAUAUCGAUGCAGUUUCGUCCUACUCCGGAGUCUUCACGCAGGUUUUCAGAGAGGAACCAGGACUGUACCAGGACAAGGUCUACUGCUUUGUCCAUCUCAGUGUGCAGGAGUUUCUGGCCGCUCUUCACGCUCAUCGCAUCUUCGUGAACUUUGGCGUAAUCUUCUGGCAACCGACCAGCCUUCCGUGGACACAACACCUGCGGAGGACUUCUACCAAAGCAGCUGUGGACCGGGCCAUAAGCAGUCCAAAUGGCCACCUGGACCUGUUUCUGCGCUUCCUCUUGGGUCUCUCUCUGCCAACCAAUCAGAAGCUCCUAAAAGGUCUGCUGACACAAACAAGAAGUAAAUCCGAGAUGCAUCUGAAGACCUUAGACCACAUAAAGCUGAAGUUGAACGAGGGGUUGUCCACAGAGAAAAGCAUUAACCUGUUCCACUGCCUGAAUGAGCUGAAGGAUCGCUCUUUGGUGGACAGGAUUCAGUGGUACGUAACUGGACUCCAAGGACUGUCCACCACGCUGACACCUGCAGAGUGGUCGGCACUGGCGUUCCUCCUUCUCUCCACAGACCUGGAAGUGUUCGACCUGAAGAUAUACCAGCCGUCUGAGUGGGUCCUCCUCAGACUGAUGCCAGUGGUCAAAGCGUCAAAAAAAGCCAUACUCAGCACGUGUAACCUGUGGGACAGCUGCUGUGCUCCUCUGGGCUCUGUCCUCAGUUCUCCCUCGUCCAAUUUGAGACACCUGGAUCUCAGCCACAACCCGAUCCAGGACUCUGGGAUGGACCUACUGUCUUCAGGACUACAGAGCCAGGGAUGCAGACUGGAGACACUCAACUUGUCCAUGUGUCACUUGUCCAGGAGGAGUGGUGGGAGUCUGGCCUCUGUCUGCUCUCUGUCCUCCAGCCUGAGACACCUGGACCUGAGCAAUAAUGACCUGCAGGACUCUGGAGUGGAGCAGCUCAGUGCAGGACUCAGGAGUCCAGGCUGCAGAUUGGAGACUCUCUGUCUGUCUGGAUGUCAGGUCUCAGAGGAAAGUGGCUCGUCUCUGGCUUCUGCUCUGGCAACACCUGGGUCAUGUUUGAAAAGUCUGGACCUGAGCUACAACAACCCUGGAUCCUCUGUGGUGGAGCUUCUGUCUCACCUAUGGGAGGACCCCAAGGCCCCCCUGGAAACACUCAAUUUGGAGCCUGCAGGACCUCGAUGGCUGACUCCGGGUUUGAAAAAGUAUUUGUGCGUUCACUCUCUGGACUCCAACACCGCGCACCGGCAACUCCAUCUAUCCGACCGGACCGUGACCCGCGUCUCUACGGACUUCAACUACCCCUUCCACCGGGACAGGUUCGACUACUGGCCCCAGGUCCUGUGCAGUAAUGCCCUCACCGGACGAUGCUACUGGGAGGUGGACUGGCUGGCUGACUGGCACGGGGAGAAAACCAGAGGAGUGGACAUCGCCGUGAGCUACCGGGGCAUCGGUCGCAAAGGAGACAGCGGCCAAUGCGGGUUUGGGUUCAACAACCAGUCCUGGAGCCUGAUGGUGUGUUACGGAUAUUACUGCUUUAGACACAAUGGGAACGAGUCCAGGGUGGGGACUUUCACGGCGUCGCGCAGAGGCAGAGUGGCGGUGUACCUGGACUAUCCUGCGGGGUUUCUGUCUUUCUAUAGAGUUUCUGAAGAGCAGCUGAUCCACAUACACACUGUCAACACCACGUUUACAGAGCAGUUGUUCGCAGGAUUUGGGGCAUGGUCUGGAACGGCAGUGUCUCUGAAUCUGAAAUAGCCCCACCUACUGAACACUUCCAAUUUCACUAGUUUAUUUUGAGCAUCACCAAUGUCAUUUUUGUUCAUCUGCAAAAGCUACAUGUUACAAGUACCGUAUUUUCCGGGCUAUUAGGCGCGCUCUUAAGCCUCUAACCGCAUCAAAAAAUGGCCGCGCGCCCCGCAAUCCAGAGCGCCCUAUACACGAAUCCACUCGGGUGUCCCAACACGACUUCAGUAAACUACAAAGCCAGCACCACCCGCAGCGCACGCAAACACACACGGAGCAGACAGCGACCGCGCAGCGAAAAACACCCACAGCCACACUCAUCACUCCACACUGACGAGGAACGGA